CAGAACAACCAACGCUUGCCUCCCAUAACCAUGGCCAGGCUCCUGUCUGCCCUUAGCACCCUGAGGCUGGCCUUAAACAGCCCCUCUCCUGCCAUGUUAACCCCUGCAUCCCUGAGCUGCCUGUCCCCUCUGAGCAGGGGAAGGGGCUUCUUGCUGCUGCAGGCAUGCAGGGGGGCUGUGACCCAGGGGAGGACAAUCACAGGGGCUGCAGCUGGGGUGGUCCAAGGAGAGAAGAGGAUGAGGAGCUUUCAGGAUCUCCCUGGACCGUCUCUGCUCACCAACAUGUACUGGGUGUUCCUGAGAGGAUACCUGCUGUACUCCCAUGAGCUGCAAUUUAUUUUCAAGAAGAAGUAUGGACCUAUAUGGAAAACCUCUCUGGGACAUUAUAAGAUUGUACAUAUUGGUGACGUGGAUCUGCUGGAGAGCGUCCUGCGGCAGGAGGGGAAAUAUCCGGUAAGGAGCGACAUGGAGUUAUGGAAAGUCCACCGGCGGCUGAGGGAUUACGCCAACGGUCCGUUUACAGAGGAGGGCCAGCGUUGGCGCUCGCUGCGCUCCGUGCUGAACAAGAAGAUGCUGCGCCCAGCUGAGGUGGUUCACUACGCCGAGACGACUAACGAGGUGGUGACGGACUUCCUGGCGCAGCUGGACGAAAUGAGAAAAGACUCACCGUCUGGGGAUAUGGUGAAUAAUGUAGCAAACGCCCUGUAUAGAUAUUCUUUCGAAGGUAUUUCACACAUACUUUUUGAGACGCGGAUCGGUUGUUUGGAGAGGCAGAUCCCCGCCGAGACUCAGGAAUUCAUCGAUUCUAUUGGUUCCAUGUUGAAGAAUUCCGUCUAUGUGCAUAUUUUGCCGCAAUGGACCAACAAUAUAUUGCCCUACUGGAAACGCUAUAUCGGCAGCUGGGACAAAAUCUUUUACUUUGGGAAGAAGCUCGUUGACCAAAAGAUGGAGAAGAUCCAGGAACGUUUGGAUAAGGGCGAGGAGGUGCAAGGAGAGUAUCUGACGUACUUGCUGUCCAACGGCCAGCUAACAGAUAAAGAGGUCUACGGCAGCGUGGUGGAACUUCUUUUGGCCGGCAUUGACACGACCUCCAACACUUUAUCCUGGGCCCUGUAUGAACUGUCGCGUAACCUCGAUAUUCAGGACGCGCUGUAUGAGGAGGUGGAAAGGGUCGCUCCCGGAGAUGCGAUACCCACCGCCGAGGACAUCUCCAAAAUGCCCCUGCUGAAGGCUGUGAUCAAAGAAACGUUGCGGAUGUAUCCCGCCGUACCAACCAACUCCAGAAUUGUUGUUGAGAAACCUAUUAUAAUCGGAGAUUAUUCCUUCCCGAAAGAUACCCUCUUCGCUCUGAGCCAUUACCUCAUAUCUCGCGAGGAGGCCAAUUUCCCCGAGCCAAACAAGUUCAUUCCCCAGCGCUGGUUUCGAGAACAGAGGGUAAAGAAUAACCCUUACAGCUCCAUCCCCUUUGGGCACGGCGUUCGUGCCUGCGCUGGGCGGCGGAUCGCGGAGCUGGAAAUGCACCUGCUGAUAGCGCGGCUGAUGAAGAAGUAUUUACUUAAACCAGAACCGCAAGGCGGGGAGAUUAAAAUCGUGGCCCGGCUCGUCUUGACUCCUCACAAACUCAUAAACCUGCGAUUUGUGGAGAGGAAGCCGCUGUCCCCCCGGUCUGUCUGAUCGCCGCUCCCCACCCCGCUCAUCACAGAAACGCAGAUCUUUGCACACAGACAAAAUAUUCAAUGUUCGGCCCCCAGGACCCACUCAUACGUAGCUCCUCGUAACCUAGUAACCUAGUAUGUGCCAGCUUUAUCAACGUGAGACUCAAAAUCUAGGACCUAGGGCAUGUGAGCGCUUCGUGGCCAUGACCUCACAGCGUGUGCAUGCGCAGAGUGUCGAUUACAUCACUCACAACCUAUUUAGACCCCUAUUCACAUUAUGUUUACACACACACUGGUUUUAAUGUAUAAAGAAAUUCUGAUAGAAGUUAUUAUUUUUGCUGUGAAUAUAAGAGUUAAUAAAUCGGAUUAUUUGCAAUAAAAUUGAAUGAUAUUUAC